CUCGAACUACCCCUCAAGUCAAGUCGCUCUUUCCCAACUCGCCACAUUGGCGCUCCGGAGACUCCUGCCGUCAGUAGCAAUGGCAGGCGCGGAGUUCAACAUUGUGAUCCUUUCUUCGAGUCCACCAGCUCCCGAGCUCUAUUCUCCGCAAGAUGCGCCACCGAGCAGUCAACGCGUCGCCAUGCGCGCAUACUCGCCAUUCUCCCCUUCGCCGCCUACCAGCCCAAAGAGGUACUUGAAUGGCGCGUUAGUUUCAGGCUCGAAGGCCGUGGUUGUUCCUCCUACGACUGCCAGGGGAUUUGCCACCGUGGGCAGUCUCAUGCGCUCCGAGCACUUUGCGCAGCCAAUGGACGAUGACUCUACGGACGCACAGCUGGUACAAUCAAGAAGGGGGUCUCUAGAGGAUAUGGUAGAGGCGCCGCCUGCAAAGAAACCGAGGAAACGUGUUACGAAGGCUUCUGUGGCAGUCGAGGGCGAGCCAAAGUCAAAGCCACCGCCAAAGACACGAAAGGCAAAGGUCAACACAGACGAUCACGAACUCCGCGCAGCGCCAACGAAAUCUUCAUACUUUGCUACUGCGGAUGCGGAAACUACACUCGAUGCACCAAACGAAGUUCCAACUACCGCUCCUAAACUCACAAAGGCAGGCAAGCCACGGAAACCGCGCACGAAGAAAGAGAAAGUCGAGGGUGUUACAGAUCUCAAGCCCAAGCGAACGAGGGUCACAAAGCCUAAAGUCGCAAAGGCCACCGGGAAGACGCAGCGAGGGAAUGUGCGCAUUGUGUCUGCACAUUUUCCUGACAAGGAUGAACACAAUGACACAACAGCAGAAGGACUGGCGGACAAGCACGUUGCUGACAAUGAACCCUCAUCGAUAUGGGAUUUGCCCUCGAGUCCUCGACUGAGGAAACAAGCUUCGUCCAAACCACCUUCGGGUCCUUUGACAGAGGGCCUCGAUCUCGAUGAAGCGGUGGCGAGAAGACGGGAUUGGACACCGCCGAGAGACACGAAUACUACAGACUUUUCGACUCCUUUCACAGACUCAACGGGAAAGGAGAACAGACCUUUAGUGAUGGACGCUAGUGCGAGCUUCGGCAGUAUGCUGACCAGCUUUGCUUACGCCCAGUCGCCUUCAGCAAAACCCAAGGUCACUACGACCAAAACAAUGAUCGAUGUCGUGGGAUCAAUAAAACGACGGCGAGCAGAGCCCGUCAGCGUACCCAGCCACAGCAGGAACUCGUCUCCGGAAAAGGGCAAAGCCCCCAAGAAAAAACCGCGCACUAUCACAGAUAUCGUUACCGAACAAUAUGCAUCAAAAGACCCAGCAACAGAUCCCAGCACUGUGACCAGCGAAUUCUUCCCAAGUCGGACAACUACAACGACGAAAAAGGUGCCUUUGAACGACACGACUAGCAUCGAUCCCGAGGCACCGUCAAAAAAGCCGCCUCGUAAACGCGCGACCUCCAAGACUACGGCUGAAAAGGCAGAACCUAAGGCGAAAGCCAAAAGGGCACCCGCGAAAUCUAAAGCAAAACCCAAGCCUGUGGCUGAAAAACUGCUGAGCCCGGCUUCCGCAGUACUUCGGAUGGACACACAGAGUAUCUUGUUUGGAACAUCAAGUCAACUUGCGAUCGAAGAAUCACCCACAACAGUGCGUCAGAUUCAGCAAGCGAUGAGGGAGUCGGAGCACGACGCUGAUCUUCUUUCUGAUAUCUUUUCGCAAGCUCCUCCGCGCUGGCCGAAACUUGGAAAGGUGAUAGGCCAGAGUAACUUGUGGGAGGCGAGUGCACGAGAUGUUGAAGGUGGAUUGCUCGAGCAGAUGGAGGAUGUAUAUAUUCCCGAGCCUGAUCGGACGCAAGAUAUUGCAUUGCUCAUGGAUGGUGCACAUGACGAACCUGACGCUGCGCCUGAAUUUGUCGAUAUCGAUGACCUUGAGCCUCCACUAGAUGUUAUCAUCUCUUCGAACCCACCGACACCCCUGCACGUAUCACAACAUGUUUCGCCGACCAUGGCUACGCCUGUGAAUCAUGCGAACGCGGAUAACUACACUUUCAAAAACAUCGAUGACUUCGAGCAGGAACCACCACCCUCGAACCAGAAUGCCAAGUCCCAGGACAGCUUCGCCGAUAUCGAUGAUUUCAACUUCCCACCGUCAGCCCAACUUCGCGUUUCGCCUUUACCAAAGGCAGUAGCUCCAGCACUGGCGACGUCGAACGGCUCGCCCAAGAAGCGUCGUGGUAAGCCUCCAAAGUCGAUGUCUGCUGUACCCACAGUCACAGCAUCGUCCGCAUCGGCAUCAAAACAAUCGACUUCCAAACCCGCAGUGUCACGGGUCAAAGCAAAGAAAUCACCACCUAGAUCUCCCGCAACACCCCCAAAGUCUACAGGCCGCUUCAUCGACAUUGAGGAAAUCCUCGACUCGGAAGACGAAGCACUUGAGAUACUGUCCCCCACACCACCUCGAAUACAUAGCUCGCCUGACAUACCACUCGCACUCACACCUAGACCUCCUUCGUUUGCGAUCUCAACUCCGCCCUUACCCUCUACCGCUUCCAUCGGUAUCGCCACACCGACCACCACGGAUGGUGUCACUAGGGUCCACCGCAUUCCCGCCCCGCACCUCGAAUACACACACAUCAAACCACACCUCUUUGCGCAAAUCACGGCUCAUGUCCGCUCAAUGACACCGACAACCGAUCCGAAGAAACCAAACUGGCACGAGAAGAUCUUGAUGUAUGACCCCAUCGUUCUGGAAGAUUUCACUGCGUACUUGAACAUGUAUACUUCGAUCCGCUUGUACAGGCGCGCGACGCAAAAACAGGUCAAGGAGUGGAACAAGUUCCAGAAAAAUAGAGCAGAGAAAGACGUGAGUGUUGAUCUUGUUGAUGGGGGAGGCGAUGCGGUGUUCAGCAUGGAUGGCGAUUUGCAGGACGUGCUGGCUGUGGAGAGAGAGUUGGAGGCUAUCGUGGUGAGGGAUUGGUGCGAGAGUCAGAGUGUGUGUGCGAUCUGGAGUAAGGAGGGGAGGAAGAAGGGGAGUGCUAGGAAGGGUUUCUAUUGAUGAAAACUCACGGAUGAGGUUUGUAUAAUAGACAGAAUGAAUGUGUUAUGAAAGUUCU